ACACCAAGGCAGGAAAUCGGUGGUGUUACCUAAUUUUCUUACGUUUGGUCACCGUGUGUGCUGUACACGUAGCACUGCACUGGACCGGGUAUCUGAUAUUUGUCAGAUCAACUUUCAAUAUUGUUUGUGGCUGAAAGGUACCUGCUAUCUUAACUGGCGCAGGCUUUAUGGUGGUGGUGUUCCCUUUCAACAUAUCUCGGUGCCUCUCUCCUACUUUUCCCUCUCUGACCUCUGCAAGUUGCAACACUGGUAACAGAACUUAUGCCCUAACAUGGGGACAGAACCUGUAUGACACAUCGGUGGAACAUCCAUGCUAUUGCGGAGGUCCAGUCACGACAAGAUGGCCAAAGCAAUGGCAGGUGGGCGGAGGGCACGGCAUACCUCAUGGAACGCCCCCAAUGCUGAACUGGGAAACCUGUAUGUGUUUGGAGAUGAUGUGGAUGAAGAAGAACUGUUGGAGGAAGAUGCGAUAGAGCUCACGGACGUUAGACCGAGGGGAGAAAGAAGGAGGGAUGAGAGGGGAAGGAAGGAUGAGAGUGAUACAGUUCUACUGGAGAGGACCAUCAUGCCAGGGGACACACUACAGACCUUCGCCCUGCUGUAUGGGUGCACUCUUGCAGACUUGCGCCGUGCAAACAAUCUCAUGUCUGAUCAGGACUUCCAUGCACUGAAGUUUAUAAAAGUUCCAGUCAAACGACACGGACUGCUGACUGCACGAGAAGAGGAGGACAGAAGAAGACGUCAGUUUCGCCGUACAGACAGUGAGAAUAUAGAAUACAACCUUGAUACAGGAGAUGGCGCAAAGGUAAAUGGACGUGAUGCUUACACAGAAAUGAAUGACAUACGGGGUUACCUCACUCAGGUGGAUGAUGAAAUGGACAGAAUACGACGCUCCACGCCCGAGCGCGAGGAGACCUUUGAGCCGUACGAGACGCGUGCUUCCUUGAUGGAAUGUCGGAGAUACAUCAAUAGAGAAACAAGCAAUGGGGCAGACUGUGGAAUCAGAUGGUGGAUGGCCCUUCUGUGUAUGAUAAUUGUAGCAGUUGUUUGUCCAUUGCUGUAUUUCUUGUACUUUCACAGUAGGACCGAUGGAUAUAUAACAAAGAAACCAUAGGCUCAUACCCAGCACUUGCAGUGUUCUUGCUAUGGACAUUUUUAAUGUUGCCAAACGGAUACAACACAAGUCUUCAAUCAGAUGUAUCAUUGAAUGCUAUGUACAUGUCUUGAUGAUUUUAUCAGCCAACUACACAUGUACCUCUACUUUCCACACUCCAAAAAAUGGCUUGCAUGACUGACUCGCUAUUAUAAUAAUUAUAAUUAUGUGCCAUCCAAGUUGGUCCAGUUGGUCUCAUACUUGACCUCUAGAUAUGAGUUGCGGAAAACGAAGGAGGCCAAACCUCCUUGGAGAAACUGAGUUGGAUGGCAUCCAGUCUUGUAUCAUAAUAGGAUACAAAAAUUUUCACCUUGUUUUGGGUAAAUCAAGUUAUGCCUGUUAGUCACUACUUGUUGUUUGGUAGUCGAUAUGUAUAAUCCUUGACAUUCUUUACUUUUUUUGUUCAAAUUGUUCACAAAAUGACCUUGUAACUGGGAUUUGUGUAUACUGAUUUGUUUAUAUGGAUAACAUCCUCAGGGCAUCCCAAAACUGAUGCCAGCAUGCAAAAAAAAGUUGAACAAAAAUAUAUUUGCUCAGUUUCCAGCUUCUUUACAAAAUAUUAUGUGCACAUGAAUUUUAUCCAUAUAAUUAAGAUACUAUGGCCUUUGAUAACUGUUAGGUAGUGUCUAAAAGUUGUUUUUAGGUUUUUGAGUUCUUCUGAUAUAUGUGGAAACAAAUCGUUACAAUAUAUUAGUACUGUUUUUCUUAAAUGCCCAUGAAUCAGUGUUGUUUUGCAAAGAGUUGUUGCAUGUCUUCUAUGGUAUUGAAACAACAACAAAAGUUUGCUUGAUACCUGAUCUCUACAUGUACAUUGUAUCACACGGAAUCAAAAUUGAUGCUGAUCAAGAAACAUGGGAACAUUAAUAGUUUUGACACAGUAUUGCUUUUGACUUGUUUACCUUUUGGUCAAUGCUUAUUCACCUGUCACACUUUUAAAUAACAUGUUGUGUCUGGAAAAUGUGCUUCAUGUGAGUGCCUGUAAGUUUACCUGCAAUUAUUUUGUCAUUGUUGUGAUUAUAUAACAUUGCUUAACUCAGGUAAGGUUUAAUACACUGUGUAUGAUUGAGGAGUGACUAGGAAAUAAACACAACUUUUUGGAUAACUUACUACACUCCUCUGAGAUGGACACAAGCUAAUAUUGUAUAUAUCAAAUACAACACGGUGUAUUCCGUAUCAUCUGAGGUACCAGCCCGACCGCGGGUAGGAUCGCCCUACGGCCAAAGGCCAAUCCGACCCGCAGGAGGGCUGGAACCGAGGGUGAUGUGGAAUAUACCGUGUUGUAUUUUAUUUGUGUCGUACCCACCUGAGAAAACACAAGUUUUGAUGCGAAAUGUGCCAGAAGUUGAGAAAAUUUUGGUGUUCUUGAACAAAAACAGCAGCAAUUCUAAUGUCCGAAUCAGGUAUUUGAAUUUUCGACCACGCCACACUCAGCGUGCGCAGAGUGCAUUCGAAGUGUUCGAUGGAAGCCUGUGUGAUACAGCUUUUUAUCGCCCGGUCUUGAACACCCGUAUCCAACGUUAUUGCGGUCCAGAUAUGAUAUAAAGUGCAGUACGUGAUAUAUAUCUGUUGUACUGUUUUAGAACUGUAAUAGAUCCAAUGGUUCUGCUAUGAUGUGUGAACAUUCUGUGAACUAGCCUUCUUGUAUCAGGAAGUCUUUCCACCCCUACUGUUAUAUAUGUACUGUAUUGUGAACUUAAACAUAUUCAGUGAAAGAAAUAAUCUUUUACAUGGCAGAAGCUAUAUCUUACAAAAUCUAUGUGCGCCAUUCUAUUUUAAAUGUACUAAUCAUCCUUAUUAAAUUAUUUCAUCAGACAUGUAAAAUGCAAGACAUGUUGAUGGCUUGUUUGACAUCAUCCCUUUGAAAGUGGAUUUUUAAAGUAAAUUUGACAAGUUUCAUGAUUGUAUGUAAAUGGCACUAUAAACUUUCAUUUCUUUAUAUUGUGGUGCAUAAAAAUGUUUGACAGACUACUAUUACAAAAGAGGAAGGAGGGAUCCAAUGGAUAGAGAAAUUGUCAGUUUGACACUGCAUCUAGAUCAAAUUUGGAUGUACGUGUACUCCUUUGUUUGUUUGAAAGUCCCACAAAUGUACCUGAAAUGGGCCAUUUUUCUGACCUUUUCAUUAAAGAAUGUGCUAGAUGAGAGAGUAGAUACAAGUAGUCCAAUAGCACUAGUAUUGAUAUUGCAGCCCUUGUCUCAGUUUAAUAUCAUCGUUUAAAAACUUGGUAUAUCUUCUCAGUAUAAUGUAAUUUUAGAUAGGUCAGCAACAUGUAAGGCGGAAGACUUGUCACAUAUGCCUUGCCAAUCACUUGGGCGAAAGUAUUGGUAUGAAAUUAUAGCAGUACAUUACACAGAAUCUUGCUUUGAUGUGUCACAUUUGAUUGAUGGUUACAUUUCCUCAAGAAAUUAUACUGACAUACAUGCACAUGGGCUAUCCCAUUCUUAUCUCAAUUGUGACUGAGCAUAUCUAGAGAAUAACCUUGUCAUGUAUUUAUGAGACAACAAUGAAAUAAAACAGAUUUUAUCCUCAUGUGUCAUUGGA